AUGGACAUAGACUUGGCAUUAAGAAUGCCAAAACCGAAUGAUCUCACGGAACAAAGUACUCCUGAGGAAAUUUUGUACUUUGAAAAGUGGGAUCGUUCUAACAGGCUAAGUCUUAUGAUCAUGAAGCGUGGGAUUCCAGAAGUUUUUCGGGGUGCAAUAACAGAGGAUGUUACCGUUGCCGAUGAAUUUUUUUCAGACAUUCAAAAGCGUUUUGUUGAAAAUGAUAAGGCUGAAACAAGAACGCUUUUAGCAAGCUUGAUUUCAAUGAAGUAUAAAGGCAAGGGUAAUGCUCGCGAGUACAUCAUGGAAAUGUCUCAUCUUGCUUCAAAACUUAAGGCACUAAAGCUCGAUCUAUCUGAUGAUUUGCUCGUGCAUUUAGUUCUCAUCUCUCUUCCUACACAAUUUAACCAAUUUAAGGUCAGUUAUAACUGCCAGAAGGAGAAAUAG